AUGGCCAGUGUGGAUGUGGAGCAAUUAAGAGAGGACGGAAAAGACAAGGCGAUCCCCCUUCUCAUCGCACAAAAAAUGCCUCCUCCACAGCGACGACAUAUGGUGACCCGUGCCGAUUCAAUCCAGGCAGGCCAUCACCGAAAAGCCAAUGCCACCUUGCUGGCCGUUCGUGUUGUGUUGGUUUCUGGUCGAACCGGUGAAGUGGCUGUAUGGUUAUGA